AUGGUUAAUCUGUAUUGUGGUUGGGAUUACUACAUCAGUAGGAACUCAGAAGGUAGGAUUUUAGUUCUGUGGAGGAAAUCAUUUACUAAGGUUCAGGUUCUGUUUGAUCACCACCAAUUGAUGCACUGUUCUAUUAAAAUCUCAGGCAUGCCGAUGGAGUAUAUCGUUACCUUUGUCUAUGGUCUCAACACAGUUGAAGAGAGAUUGGAGCUGUGGCGGGGUCUAUCUAGCUUACAUGUUAUAAAUAGACCUUGGUUGAUUAUGGGAGACUUUAACGCGGUGUUCAAUUUUGAUGACAGGGUGGGAGGGAGGUCUAUUAGCUCAGCUGAAUUAGUUGAUUCUAAUGCCUGGCUUGCCAUGUCUCAUCUAGUUUCUAUUAAGAGAAUUGGAUCAAAUUUUACUUGGUCCAAUAAACAAGAUGGUGAGGAUAGGAUCUACUCUAGGAUAGAUCAUGUUUUCAUCAAUGAAGACUGGAUAGAUGAGCUGCCUAAUUCAAUAGCAGAAUUUCACUGGGAGGCUUAUUCCGAUCAUUGCUUCUGCCUCAUCAAAUCUCUCAAGAUGGGAUCGCUGGGUAUAAAACCCUUCCGGUUCUUUAAUUUUUGGACAACUCAGAAAGGGUUUAAGGAGGUGGUGCGUGAGAAUUGGAAUAAACCUUUGGUAACGAGGGGUUUGUUGGGUGUGACUAGGAAACUUCUCAGAUUAAAGCAUGUGUUGAGAUUGUUCAAUAGAAGGGAAUUUGGUGAUGUUGAACAGAGAUAUCACCAAGCUAAAGGUGACUAUCAGCUGGCUCUCACUAGAGCUCAAGCUGCUCCGUCAGAUUUGGUAGCUCAGGAGGCUGAAAAAUCAGCAGCUCUUCUUUAUCAAGAGAAUGCUGAAAGGUACAGAAGUUAUUUAAUACAAAGGAGCAAAAUAACUUGGUUACAGAAGGGAGAUGAUAAUAAUGCUUAUUUUCAUGCUUGCAUUAAAAAAAGAAGGGAGGAGAAUCGUAUUGUCUCCUUUCUGAAUGAGCGAGGGGAAAUUGUUGAAGAUUAUGGGGCUGUGGUUUAG